CCCCGGUCCGUACACAAUAUCUCACUUCCCAUGUCGCUACCAACUGCUGUGAAUCUGAUAUCGAAACAUAUUCUGGCGCGUAUAUCUCCUGAUAGUAAGAAGCCCAUUUUUGUUGCCAUACAGGGCCCUCAAGGAUCCGGGAAAUCAUACCUUACAGGCUUAACGCAAAAGUUCCUUACCGAUGCACCGCACUUGCUUCGGGUUGCCGUACUGUCAAUAGACGAUCUCUAUCUUUCUCACGAUGACCUUGUCGCACUUGCCCUCAAACAUCCCUUCAACCCUCUCUGGAAAGGAAGAGGGCAGCCUGGCACUCACGAUGUUGAAUUGGGUAUUCGAAUACUACAGUCUCUGAGGGAAGGACGUGAAACAGUCGAUAUACCCAGGUUUGACAAGAGUCUGUUCGACGGCGAAGGCGAUAGACUCCCUAUGGAUGGAAGCAAUUCCAUAAAUCCCCCAAUAGAUAUCGUCAUCAUUGAGGGAUGGUGUAUGGGUUUCUAUCCUAUCUCGCAAGCAAGGCUAGCGGAGAAAUGGGACGGAAUUUGGAAGGAACAGAAAAUUGCAUUGGCUCUACAGGACGAACUAUUGGAAUCCAAGGAAUGUUUGCAAGAUAUCAAUCAGGUCUUGAAGGCAUACAUCGAUUUAUGGGCUUUCUUCGACGUCUUCGUUCAGUGGCGCCUUGAACAGGAACACAACAUGAAGGCUAGCAACGGCGGCAAAGGGAUGUCUGACGAUGCCGUCAAAUCGUUCGUUGACCGAUAUAUUCCCGGCUAUGUUUUCUUUGGGCAAGGUGUCACCGAAGGGUUCACCGACGCCAACGGACCUUGUCUACCGCCGUGGCUGGGGAACGGACUUCGGGUUAUCGUCGAUGAAAAGAGGCAGGUCACGGAGGUUCAACAGUUCUGA